GCGGGCCGGAGCGGCCGCUGCGGCGGCUGGGUGCGGGCGGUGAGCCGCGCCGGGAGCGCUCUCCGCGCUGCCCGAAGGGGCAUUGCCUAUCCGAAGCAGUGAUACGAAGAAAGCUUCACCGAGGAAACCUUGGCCGGGGGGAAUCUUCGUCCCAGAUAUGUUAUGACUGUUAUCUUCCACUGAAACCAUUGCAGAAGGUGAUGGCCGUGGCCGCCAGGCCGGGAGCCGCCCGGGAGGCCACGGCGGCGGCGCGGAGCAGCUAGCGCCAUGGAGGGCAGCAGCGCCAUGGAGGGCAGCGGCGCGGCGGUGGUGGCGGAGGAGAGCGGGGCCGGGCACGGCGCCCCGCCGGCACCCCUCGCCGCCCCCUGCGGCCUCAGCUCCUCGCUGUGCUUCAGCGCUGCCGAGCGCGGGGUGCAGCAGCCGCCCGCCGGGGCCGAUGCCGGCCGCGUGGUGGAGAGCCAGUGGGAUGUCAACAGUGUGGCCGCCGAGGCGGAGGAGGAGGCAGGUGGCGGCGGCAGCGAGGCCGGGGCGGAGGCCGCGCCGGGCCCGCAGCGCCCACCGGCCGAGGAGCCCGAUCUGGUGAUCGAGGUGUCGGGGCGGCGCAUCCGGGCGCACAAGGCGGUGCUGGCGGCCAAGAGCGACUACUUCCGCGCGCGCGCCUCGCGCGACAUCCUGCGCGUGAAGGGCGUGAGCUACGCGGCACUGCGCCUCCUCAUCGACUACGUGUACACGGCGCGCAUGGGCGAGGUGCGCCACGACAACCUGGCCGAGGUGGUGAGCGGCGCCCGCGUGCUCCAGAUGCCCUGCGCCCUGCACUGCGCCGCCGAGGCCAUGCGCGCCCAGCUCCGCCUCGACAACUGCUACCAGCUCCUCUGCCUGGCCAAGAAGCAGCGGCUGGCGGAGCUGCGCGAGGCUGCCUACCGCUUCAUGAGCGACCGCUACCUGGAGGUGCUGCGCGAGCCUGGCGUCUACGGCCGCCUCAGCGGCGCCGAGCGCGACCUCAUCCUGCGGCGCCGCAUGGAGGCCGGGCGGCGUUGCCUGCUGGUGGCCGAGGUGAGCGACGCCUUCGAGCGGCCGGGCGGCGGCAGCCGGCCGCAGAGCCGCGAGAGCAGCCGCCCACAGAGCCCCUCCUCCGUGGCGUCGCUGGAGGACGGCGGCGCCCUGGUGCACUGCUACCAGGAGGCCAGCCGCGAGUGGCGGGUGCUGACGCGCCUGCCCGAGGAGGCCAACGCCAAGGGCUGCGCCAUGUGCGUCCUCCACAACUACCUCUUCCUGGCAGGGGGCAUCGCGGCGGGGCCGGCGGGCGGCGAGCCUCGCGCCCGCCUCUCCGACAAGGUCUUCUGCUACAACCCCCUCACCGAUACCUGGAGCCAAGUGCGCCCGCUGGGCCAGCCCCGCUCGCAGCUCAAGCUGCUGGCCUUGGAUGGCUACCUGUAUGCCGUGGGUGGCGAGUGCCUCUUCACCGUGGAGAGGUAUGAUCCACGGGCCGACCGCUGGAGCCCCGUCGCGCCCCUGCCCAAGGGCGCCUUCGCCGUGGCCCACGAAGCCACCACCUGCAACGGGGAGAUCUACGUGUCGGGGGGGUCCCUCUUCUACCGCCUGCUCAAGUACGACCCCAAGCGUGACGAAUGGCAGGAGUGCCCCUACAACAGCAGCCGCCGCCGCUCUGCCGACAUGGUGGCCUUCAAGAGCUUCAUCUACCGCUUCGAUGUGAGCAGCAGCCGCGGCGGGGAGCAAGCACCGGGUGGCGGGACUGGUGGUGGCAUUGAGGUCUUCCGCUACAACACAGUGGCCAAGCGCUGGAGCCAGUGUGCCAGCCUGCGGCCCAGCACCGGCCCCAUCCAGCCCUUCCGCUGUGCUGCCUUGGGCAACACCAUUUACUGUGUCAACCGGACCGGCACUCUCCGCUUCACCCUGGCCCAGGAUGGCGAGGUAGAAGUGGAUGGUGGGCUCAAGGGCACCUUUGAUGAGGAGCUGCUCAAAGCCCCUUUAGAUGCCAAGGGCAUCCUCCUCCCAUUCGUGCUCACUCUACCUGAGAAGCCGGACAAAGCUGGGGACCAGGAGGGCCCACUCCUGCUGUGAGGUGGCCAGCCUGGCUGGUACCUCCCAAGCGAGUGGUUGGAUUGUGGCUGUGGGGGACCCAUAAACUCCUACCCGCAGAGGGGACCCUCUCUGGGAUGUUAGCAGAGAGAAGGGUCUCCCCCCCUUUUAUCCUGUCUCCUCCCACGAUGUUGGUCUGGAGUCACUUGGUCAUUGUAACUCAUCUCACAUUUGCUGUGUGUGAAAAGCCAAGCAAAUGGAAGGAAAAGCUGCUAUAAAGGAUCAUCUCUGGAUUAUGUUUGUGCCAAUUCCCAAUCUUAGAGAACUUUUUUACACCUGGAUUUGUAAAAAUUCCUGACAGCAGUGUCAUAACUGGAUGUUACUGAUAGCGUUGGUCACGUGUAUACGCAUAGAUGCAAUCUGGGCGGGAGCAUUUUCUGCUGUUUGUUUUCUCUCCUAGAUGAUACUGAGUGAUUAAACACUGAUGGCAAUUUAGCUUAACUGAAAUUGUUUUUAUGUUAAGCCAACUGUUUCCUGUGUUAGAAAAGUAUGGGUUUUUAUGUUACGCCAACUGUUUCCUGUGUUAGAAAAGUAUAGGAAGAUCAUCUGAAUCACAGCCUUUCAUUUUUGGUGCAAUAGAUUCUUUAAGGAAGACAUGACACAGUGUGGUCCUAGGAAUUUCAGCUACAAUGAAUGAUUUAACAGAUACCAGACUUAAAGUUUUAAGCACCACAAACGUGUACCACAUGUUCGUAUUCAGAACACACACAAAAAAGGCAAGUUAUCUUUUUAAAAUGUGCUAUGUUAUAGCAGAAAUGAAUUGUUCGUAUGUUCUUUAUCUGAAAAAGGUGAUGAUUUCUGUAUAA